AUGAAUGAGCAGACUCUGGGUUUGGCUGGAGCUGGAGUGCACUUGUCUGGUGUGCGCGCGGAUGGAAAAUAUUGUUAUCUCUUUGAUUCGCGGCAUUACUUUCAGCGCGGGACAAAGGCUCUUGAUGAAAAGCUGAUGGUGACGAAGGUGGCCGCGGCUCAAAGGACAGAAAGACUCGAGUCAAUGGCGUCGCCGCGCGGGGAAGUGCUCCAUCUCACGCAGAUAAAGGAGGCUUUCCAAGUUUUAAAGAGGCGUUUUCGGGCCGUGAUAAAGGCGCACGCGGCUGUACUCAUUAAGCAUAUGGUGCAAAGACGCGGGGCUUUUGUCUGCGGCCCCAGAAACGAGAGCGCUCACAACUUGUUUCAUUGUCGGGAUAUUGCGCGUUUCAAUGGGGCCAGAGUUUAUUCGCGCGCUCAGGACGUGGUGAAGACGGGACAGACGCGCAGGAGAGGGACACACACAUGGGGCCACGUGGAGAGGAGUGCGGCUUCUGUUCAAGUGACUUAUGUGUUUGCACAGAGGCCUUUGUCUCCGCGGCGCAGGGGAAGCCAUCGAGUUUCGCGUCGCUUUUACGCACAGAGACUUUUCGACAUUUCGGUCCAAAACCAACACUAUAAAACCACGGGAGACGGGGGAGGUCUGUUGUGGAGGUGA